UCCUGGCUCAGUAAUCUGACACCGGCACUAACCCGGGGAAACAGGAUGGAUUCCCGACUUCACUUCAGCACAGAAAAGAAUGGUUGAGCAACAGAGAGACGCUGAGGAGCAGUGUGAACGCGGGCUCUGAGGCUUCUGUGUUUCUAAAUGCGCUACACAAAGUUUGUCCCUAAAGCUGCGGAUGGGUGACGACCACUCUCAGCGCUUCCAUGCAAGGAGACGAUGAAGAAUCACAACGGCAGCCCCAGACUAAACCACCAUCAGACUGCAAAUCACACCAGAGAUCGGAACGGUAAGAAGGGAGAUUGGCUGUCGGCCCUUUGGCUGCGCUUCUCACUGCGUGAUUAUGGCUUCUGCAUGGGCACACUGCUGCUCUUCAGCCUCGGCUCGCUCUUCUACCAGCUCAACGGCGGACCCCCGAGACUCCUGCUCGACAUGCGCCAGUAUCUCGGAGAAUCCACAUUUAUGGAUGAUCACGGUCCCCCUGUCCCAAAGGUGCUGCCAUUCCCCAGUCAGGUGAUCUAUAAUCGAGUUGGGAAAUGUGGCAGUCGCACUGUGGUGCUGCUCCUCAGGAUUCUGGCUGAGAAACACCAGUUUAACCUGGUUUCUUCCGACAUCCACAAUAAAACCAGACUCACCAAGCACGAGCAGGUGGAUUUGAUGAAGAACAUCAGCACGAUCCCGGAGCCCUUCCUGUACACCAGGCACGUUCACUUCCUCAACUUCAGCAGGUUCAGGAUGGAGCAGCCUGUCUACAUUAACAUCAUCAGAGACCCCAUUAACCGCUUCCUCUCCAACUACUUUUUUCGCCGCUUCGGAGACUGGAGGGGUGAGCAGAAUCACUUGAUCCGGACGCCUCGGAUGAAAGACGACGAGAGAUACCUGGACAUUAACGUGUGUAUCCUGGAGAACUUCCCCGAGUGCUCAAAUCCUCGCCUUUUCUACAUUGUGCCGUAUUUCUGUGGUCAGCAUCCUCAGUGCAGGGAGCCAGGUGUAUGGGCGUUAGAGCGAGCCAAACAGAACGUCAUGGAGAACUUUCUCCUGGUGGGAAUUUUAGAGGAGCUGGAGGAUGUGCUGCUCCUGCUUGAGAGACUGCUACCUCACUACUUCAGCGAUGUGCUGAACAUCUACCACAGCCCAGCUUUUUGGAAGGUGGGUAAUCUGACAGGAACAGUGAAGAAGCACAUGCCCACGUUGGAGGCCUUGCAGGUGCUGUACCGCCGCAUGAGGUACGAGUACGACUUCUACAACUUCGUGCGCGACCAGUUCCACCUGGUGAAAAAGAAGAUCGGCCUCAAGUCGACACACCCGAGCUCGGCGCAAGAGCGUGACUUUCUACGGGAGCUCGCUCUACGAACCAACGACCCACUGGACGAGGACGACGAAGACGAGGAGGACAAUACUGCUCUGGAAGACGCCAACAACUGGUUGGUGCAACCUUGAAUGUCGCCAUGGAGAUUCGAUAUCUCGUAGGAUUCAAGUGGUGUGAGAGCAUUCCCAAGAGCACUUUGUGUGUGUGUGUGUGUGUGUGUGUGUACACAUGAUAUCGAUACCCGUAUUUUUAACGGGGGACUUUAAAAUCCACCAGGACAGCUACAAUGCAUGGAUGGGCCUAAUUUAAUAUAUUCAAAAAUACAAGACAAAAGACAAUGUACAAAUGAAUUUAUCUUUUGUCUUUUUUUUAUUAUUAUUAUUAUUAUUAUUAUUAUUAUUAUUAAGAAUGCUUUUUUGCUUUGUUUAAAAAAAUGAAAGAAAAUGGACUCCGAAAACAGAGUUGUGGUCUUUUGUUUUUAGUGUGUGUUUAUAGAGUUUAAGGUUUAAAUGGAGAUUAAAUGGAAGAACAUUUACAGUCUUCAUUACGGUGGAGUUGAAAAAAUGACACGCAGAUCAGAUUUGUGUUGGAUUUCAAAUAAGAGCCACACUAAGAGAGGUCACUAAAGAGGUCAUUAAAACCAAACACGCUUUACACUGAAGCCUUACACUUCCCUCUGCAUGAGGGAGAAUUAAAAAAAAAUCAAAUGUGGAUAUAUUUAUUAAGAAACUCUUCUUCUCCUUUUCUUCCUUUCUGCAAUUCGUGUGAAUUAAAUCCAUGAUAAAGAAUGUGUGUGUGUGUGCACGUGUGUGCGUACUAUUUCUAAACCUAACCCUAACCUCAGGAAUGCCCCCCCCCUUUAAUGCUUUAUUAAAAAUUCCUGAUCUUGCCAUGAAGAGAUGUUUUAUUAAAGCCCCAAAACACUACAUGCAAUAAUAUAUAUACACUGAUCAGGCAUAACAUUAUGACCACUGAGAGGUAAAGUUAAUUGCACUGAUGAUCUCCUCGUCAUGGCACCUGUUAGUGGGUGGGAUAUAUUAGGCAGCAAGUGAACAUUUUGACCAACACAAUAUUAGGCAGGUGGUCAUAAUGUUAUGCCUGAUCGGUGUAUAUAAUAUAAUAUUAAAUAAUAUUAAUAUAACCAUGCCAACUCAGACCACAGCAGUGUCUUCUGGACACCUCAGGAUCUCUGACGUGUGCGAUAAAAUAUACAUAAAUUACCUUGUGUGUUAAAUAAAGAAUGACAUCAUGUAACAUUGGUGGAAAUUAUUCAUAAUCAGGAAUUACACUUUCGAUAGAAAACACAUGAGGAGCUUGUGUUCUGCCCAAGAAAGAUUUUUCAAUACUUUACAGCUUUACCACAAAGCACUGACACUGGAGACUCCUUACAAAAAAUGCUAAAUAAAAAAAAUCUCAGCAGAAAAUGUUUCCAAGUGGAGCUCCUGCCAUAGAAAGAAGCUGUUCAUCUGUUACUAUGGAAACGAAUCAAGACCUCCGGACCAAUCAGAGCAGAGAAUUCAGCAGGACAGUAUUAAAUCCCCUGACAGAAGCCUGAUUAGAUGUUUUGUAAGGUAAGAUUGACGUUUUUAUAUAUUACAUUUUUUGAUAAGAAUGAUUUAUAUGAAGAUUUUUAACGUAAGCAGUAAUUAAGGCAGAGUCUGUGAGCGUACAUAUGGAAAUGUGGGUGUGUCCUGAGUCUGUAUAGAGCUAUUUAUAGCUAACGGAUUUUCUCAUUUUGCAUGCAUGUAAUCAUCACAGUUUAAUGCCAGCUAACGGAAUGUUCCAGAAAACAAACUCCAAAACAUUUGGCUCACGCUAUGACAUCGAGCUUGUUUGACAUGAUGUAAGGUGUCCAGCUUGACCAGGUCCAUUUCCUCUAAUGACUCGUUAGUGUGUCACACAAGUGGCAUGUAGGGAGGAGUAUGGAGCUGGAAUUUCUGGAAUCUCAUUUUUACAAUCAUUUUGUAUUUCCUUCAGGACUUUUAUUAUGGCAGUGAAUAUAGCUGUGUAUGUCAUGGUUGGCUAAUUAAAUAAUAUGUUAAUAAGCAGUUAAGCUGCUGACUAGACACAUGUCCUAGCAGAUUCAUUCUUGUUCCUAUUUUCUGUUUUAGGAAAGAAAAUUACAUCAUGAGAGUGAAAUGUGGUUCUGAAAUCCUCAGUGAUGUUGACUUGAUCCCUCUGGUCUGUAAAGGCUUGGCUUAAAUACUCAAAAGUAUUGGCACCGGCCCUUUAAAAUGGGGUUCAGUUGCAGGCAAAGUUGAC